AUGCCUUCGUCAUCCAAGCACGAGACCUGUCAAGAGCAGCGCCUCGUAGAUUGGUACAAGGUGACCUACGCCCACCUCUUCCACGCAGGCCUGUACAAGGAAGCCAACAUCGUGACCAACAUUUUCUCCAACGUCCUCGAAUGCGACGACGCAGACCUGUGCGAAGUCAUCGAAUCGGACCAAGACUUGUGGAACAAGAUGGCCAUGAGAUGCAGGAACAAGGCCGCCAGCGACAAUGUGUGGUAUGCGGCGGACUACAUGGCGGACACGGCGGCAUGCUUGUUCGAGUUUGGACGGAAGAAAGAGGGCGGCGAGUUCUGCGAGUGGGCGGAGCAGUUGAGGGAUUUCGCGAUCCAAUUGCUUGAGCAGGAGGAGAAGGAGAAGGAGCGGGAGAGGUGGUUGAGAACCUAUUACGUGCGAUAA